UCCAAUUUGAAUUUUGCAAUUUACAAUUUCAGACCGUUUGAUAUCUCCUCUCUCUUUCUCUCUCCUCUGAAAAAACAACAUCAUUCAACACCAAAAACAACGUUUAUAUCUCAUUCAAAAAUAAAAGUACUACUCCUACUGAAUCACUAAAUCACAUGUGAAAAUUUGCAGAUCUCUCGUUUUUUCUUCAUUAGGAUUUCUGGGCAAAUGCUUCUUCCAUUGAUUUCUUCAUCCUCUUUUCGAUCAUUUAAUUUGUUUCACAAUCGCAAGCUCAAGCUCACUCCGUUUUAGGGAAAGGAGGGAGUACUUGAUUAGAGGUUUUGGCGUUGCUGGGAGCAUAAUCUGGAUAAGUUGGUAUCAAAAUUUGAGUUUUUGUUGUUGUUCAUUUGUCUCGGCUUGCUUGAUCGAAUUGCGGCUCUCUGGCGACUGAGCUUUUAGUAUUUGAAGUGAUACAAAAAACUUGCAACUGAAUAUGCCCUUCUGUUUGUUUUGCAUAAAGGAAGCUCUUGCCAUUGGCUAGGAAGACUGAUAAUGCCUUGGGGAACACUCUGUGGAGAGCAUCGUCAUCGAGUGGGAAUUGGGGUGUCCAAUUGUGCCUGUUUGUUAAAGAACCAUGGAAAGUGACAGGAAAUUAGCUGUAUCACUUCCGCCUCAGCCCUCGUCUGCUCCUCCCACUUCUCUGAACGGGGCCAACAAUGCGUUUCCUCGAGUCAGACCUAUGCAUGGGAGGACUAGUGGGCCUACGAGGCGGUCGACAAGGGGACAAUGGACUCCUGAAGAGGAUGAGAUUUUGUGCAAGGCUGUUCAGCGCUUCAAAGGGAAAAACUGGAAGAAGAUAGCUGAAUGUUUCAAGGACAGAACUGAUGUUCAGUGCCUGCACAGGUGGCAAAAGGUCCUCAAUCCAGAGCUUAUCAAGGGCCCUUGGUCUAAGGAGGAGGACGAAAUUAUUGUUCAAUUGGUGAAUAAAUAUGGACCAAAGAAAUGGUCUACAAUUGCCCAACAUCUACCAGGACGUAUAGGAAAACAAUGUCGAGAAAGGUGGCAUAACCAUCUUAAUCCCUCUAUAAACAAGGAGGCGUGGACUCAAGAAGAAGAACUUAUUCUUAUUCGCGCUCAUCAGAUUCAUGGAAACAGAUGGGCAGAGUUAACUAAAUAUCUGCCAGGAAGGACAGACAAUGCUAUUAAAAAUCAUUGGAACAGCUCUGUAAAGAAGAAACUAGACUCUUAUAUUGCUUCAGGACUCCUUGCUCAGUUCCAAGGCCUACCAGUGGUUAGCCAUCAAAGUCAAUCCAUGCCUGCAGCUUCCUUGCUAGUACAACAGAGUAGUGGAGAUGGUAGUGUUUUUAAAGAUGGAGUGGAGGUGGAGCAAAAUUCUGAAUGUAGUCAAGUUGGCUGUUCUCAAACUGCCAGUGACAUUUCUAAAACACAGGAGGAUUUUCUGGUGUCUGAAGAAUCAGACCUUGGAAAGUUGCACAAUGCUAGUCCAACAGCGUCAUGUUCCGAGCAAUUUUAUACAUCUGUUGAGGAUAUGACCUUUACCAUCCCUGAUAUACCUUAUGAAUUCAGCUGCUCAUCAAGAUACCUUGAGGACAAUUAUUCCAGAGAACCUGGGGCUUGUGCAUCUGGGAGUAGCAGCUUCGGAGCAUUUAGCUUACCCAAUGUUACCUCAGUGGACUUAAGCGCAGACUCAUCAUCUAGAAAUUGUUUUCUUGCUGAUCCAAAUAAUGAAACAGUUCCUGGUCCUUCUCAGCAUUCUAUUGAGUACGAUGCACUUGCUUCAGUCAAUAAUGUGGCUGCAAGGCCAGAUGCAACGGGACAGAAACAGAAAACUGAAGAAGGCUGUUCCCAGCUCGUAUUGCAUCAGGAAGGGGGUGAUGGAUUCCCUGUAAAUCUUAACAACUGCUCUGAGAUUAUUGAUAUGGACAGAUACAGAGAUUAUAUAAGUUUCCAGACCUUUUAUCAGCUCUCUGAAACAAGUGGAAAUGUGGGUUUGCAGCCAAAUCAUUCUUUGGAUACAUUGGUGGAAGCUUCAAACUGUGAACAUAUUUCUUCCAUACCUACUGAUGUUUCAGAUGAAAAUGGUUUGAUGUUAAGCUCCCAGGAAUAUAAUCAGGUAAAUGACAAUUUGGCUGUACCGCAGGAUAUUGCCAAGGUGGAUGAGGAGUUCGGGGCACACCAUAAUUCUGGUUCUCCAUGUAGUGAUCAUAUAAUUGCAGGCUUGACAGAGCAUUCAGAAUUGGAGAAACCAUCGAGAUUAGUCCCUGUAGGUACAUUUGGUGCUGAAAGAUCAGAUAGCCAGCCAACUCAUUCUAACAUAGUUGAACGACCAGUGAAGGCUACAAGUGAACGAGAAGCUGGAACUCUGUGUUAUGAACCUCCUCGAUUCCCAUCUUUGGACAUACCAUUUUUUAGUUGUGAUCUUGCUCAGUCUGCUAAUGAUGCUCACCAAGAAUUUAGUCCUCUAGGCAUCCGGCAGUUGAUGAUGUCUUCUAUGAAUAGUCUGACUCCGUUUAAAUUGUGGGAUUCACCAUCUUCUGAUGAUAGUCCAGACAGAGUGCUGAAAAGUGCUGCAAAAACGUUUUCUUGUACGCCAUCUAUCUUGAAGAAGAGACAUCGUGACCUAUUGUCACCUUUAUCACCUUUCUCCGAAAGGCGUUGUGACAAAAGGACUGGGAGCAAUGUUAAACAAGGUUUUCUAUGGACAUCUAGGUUGACCAAUGAGUUUUCACGUUUGGAUGUAAUGUUCGAUGACACUGAUGAGUGCAAGAUUCUGUCACUUCCAUCUAAUGAUCAGAAUAGUUGUGCUUCAAUAGAAGAUAAAGAAAAUAUAUGUCCUGCUUUUGAAGGGCAAAAUGAAGAGGCAAAACUUAACCGUGUAGAAUCCGGAAACAGAACCUCAGAGGAAAACAAGGAUAUUAAUAGGGAUGGAAAUCUUGAACAGGAUGUAGAGAAAUCAGUCCAUGACGAUUGUGCUUCAGAAACACCUAGUAGAGUCCUCGUUGAAUGCCACUUACGUGAUACACAACAUUCUUCUCUGGAUCGAGCUGAACCAGCAAGGCCGGAGACAGGUGACAGAUCUUUAGAAGCUCACAGCUUGCCGAAUACUUCCAACCAAGCAGCCAUGUCAGAGUCAAUGGUCGCUAAAGCUAAAUCUGUUGUAAGCCCCCCCUUGCUUGGUUUGAAGAAGCGAAACAAUGAUUCUGCAUUAUUGUGUGGCCAAUCAGUCUCUGCUGUUAACUCGGUGAUGGUUGACAGCCUUGUUAAUGAAGUUGGUUCUGAGAAUCUGAACAUUUUUGGAGGAACACCUUUUAGACGAAGUAUUGAAUCGCCUUCAGCAUGGAAGUCACCUUGGUACUUCAGCUCUCUAGUAAAUUGCCCGAAAUUUGAUGCAGACAUAACAAUUGAGGAUAUAGGGAUUUUCAUGAGCCCAGGAGAUCGUAGCUUUGAUGCAAUAGGGUUGAUGAAGCAGAUUAAUGAGCAAAGUGCAGAUGCAUAUGCAGAUGCACGGGAAGUUCUGGGAAGUGAAACUCCUGAAAGCAUUCUGAGGCAGAGAUGCUCUAGAUUUCAAAAUCUGGAGAGCGACAGCAAUAAAUAUUUCAACAGUCCACUUGACAGCCGCUUCCAUUCGGCGUCCAAUGUCUCGCCGGAGCGGCGUGUUCUUGAUUUCAGUGAAUGCGAGACGCCAAUUAAGCCAAUGGAGAAGGGACAAGGCGUGGCUGCUCCAAGCUUUUCAAGUCCAUCUUGUUUGCUGAAAAGUUACAGAUAGCAGUGUUGCAUUCGGAUAGAAGAUGAAAGAUAGUACAUAAUUGUUCGUUAAAUAUGUUGUUUUUAGCUGUAAUUUAUAUUUUGAAAAUGAUGUAAUUAUCUCAUUGAGAAUAAUAUAUAUGGCAUACAUUUUUUUGGCUCUCCAUA